CGCCGCAGCUGACAGGCAUUGUGACAUGAGGCUGCUUCUACUUGCUGUGUGUAUGGCCACGGCCUUGGCUGCUCCUCGUGGUCGUCGUGGUCUGAUGGACUUCCUGUCUGGUGCUACCAAUGGUACCGAGCUCGGAACAGCUUUCAAAGUCAUCAAUGCUUUUGGCAAAGUCAGCCAGUUCAUAGAUGAUCUGAAGAAUCUUGCCCCAGAUGCACAUAAGGCCUUGAACAGCAGCAUCAGUGACAUUAAGGGCAGCAUUAACGGCAUCAUCAGUGAAAUCACCAGCUCGCUCAUGAGUGGUGGUGCUCAGAAAAGUCGUCGUGGUCUGAUGGACUUACUGUCUGGUGCCACCAAUGGUACCGAGCUCGGAACAGCUUUCAAAGUCAUCAAUGCUUUUGGCAAAGUCAGCCAGUUCAUAGAUGAUCUGAAGAAUCUUGCCCCAGAUGCACAUAAGGCCUUGAACAGCAGCAUCAGCGACAUUAAGGGCAGCAUGAACGGCAUCAUCAGUGAAAUCACCAGCUCGCUCAUGAGUGGUGGGGCUCAGAAAAGUCGACGUGGUCUGAUGGACUUCCUGUCUGGUGCCACCAAUGGUACCGAGCUCGGAACAGCUUUCAAAGUCAUCAAUGCUUUUGGCAAAGUCAGCCAGUUCAUAGAUGAUCUGAAGAAUCUUGCCCCAGAUGCACACAAGGCCUUGAACAGCAGCAUCAGCGACAUUAAGGGCAGCAUGAACGGCAUCAUCAGUGAAAUCACCAGCUCGCUCAUGAGUGGUGGGGCUCAGAAAAGUCGUCGUGGUCUGAUGGACUUCCUGUCUGGUGCCACCAAUGGUACCGAGCUCGGAACAGCUUUCAAAGUCAUCAAUGCUUUUGGCAAAGUCAGCCAGUUCAUAGAUGAUCUGAAGAAUCUUGCCCCAGAUGCACAUAAGGCCUUGAACAGCAGCAUCAGCGACAUUAAGGGCAGCAUGAACGGCAUCAUCAGUGAAAUCACCAGCUCGCUCAUGAGUGGUGGGGCUCAGAAAAGUCGACGUGGUCUGAUGGACUUCCUGUCUGGUGCCACCAAUGGUACCGAGCUCGGAACAGCUUUCAAAGUCAUCAAUGCUUUUGGCAAAGUCAGCCAGUUCAUAGAUGAUCUGAAGAAUCUUGCCCCAGAUGCACAUAAGGCCUUGAACAGCAGCAUCAGCGACAUUAAGGGCAGCAUGAACGGCAUCAUCAGUGAAAUCACCAGCUCGCUCAUGAGUGGUGGUGCUCAGAAAAGUCGUCGUGGUCUGAUGGACUUCCUGUCUGGUGCCACCAAUGGUACCGAGCUCGGAACAGCUUUCAAAGUCAUCAAUGCUUUUGGCAAAGUCAGCCAGUUCAUAGAUGAUCUGAAGAAUCUUGCCCCAGAUGCACAUAAGGCCUUGAACAGCAGCAUCAGCGACAUUAAGGGCAGCAUGAACGGCAUCAUCAGUGAAAUCACCAGCUCGCUCAUGAGUGGUGGGGCUCAGAAAAGUCGUCGUGGUCUGAUGGACUUCCUGUCUGGUGCCACCAAUGGUACCGAGCUCGGAACAGCUUUCAAAGUCAUCAAUGCUUUUGGCAAAGUCAGCCAGUUCAUAGAUGAUCUGAAGAAUCUUGCCCCAGAUGCACAUAAGGCCUUGAACAGCAGCAUCAGCGACAUUAAGGGCAGCAUGAACGGCAUCAUCAGUGAAAUCACCAGCUCGCUCAUGAGUGGUGGGGCUCAGAAAAGUCGACGUGGUCUGAUGGACUUCCUGUCUGGUGCCACCAAUGGUACCGAGCUCGGAACAGCUUUCAAAGUCAUCAAUGCUUUUGGCAAAGUCAGCCAGUUCAUAGAUGAUCUGAAGAAUCUUGCCCCAGAUGCACAUAAGGCCUUGAACAGCAGCAUCAGCGACAUUAAGGGCAGCAUGAACGGCAUCAUCAGUGAAAUCACCAGCUCGCUCAUGAGUGGUGGUGCUCAGAAAAGUCGUCGUGGUCUGAUGGACUUCCUGUCUGGUGCCACCAAUGGUACCGAGCUCGGAACAGCUUUCAAAGUCAUCAAUGCUUUUGGCAAAGUCAGCCAGUUCAUAGAUGAUCUGAAGAAUCUUGCCCCAGAUGCACAUAAGGCCUUGAACAGCAGCAUCAGCGACAUUAAGGGCAGCAUGAACGGCAUCAUCAGUGAAAUCACCAGCUCGCUCAUGAGUGGUGGGGCUCAGAAAAGUCGACGUGGUCUGAUGGACUUCCUGUCUGGUGCCACCAAUGGUACCGAGCUCGGAACAGCUUUCAAAGUCAUCAAUGCUUUUGGCAAAGUCAGCCAGUUCAUAGAUGAUCUGAAGAAUCUUGCCCCAGAUGCACACAAGGCCUUGAACAGCAGCAUCAGCGACAUUAAGGGCAGCAUGAACGGCAUCAUCAGUGAAAUCACCAGCUCGCUCAUGAGUGGUGGGGCUCAGAAAAGUCGUCGUGGUCUGAUGGACUUACUGUCUGGUGCCACCAAUGGUACCGAGCUCGGAACAGCUUUCAAAGUCAUCAAUGCUUUUGGCAAAGUCAGCCAGUUCAUAGAUGAUCUGAAGAAUCUUGCCCCAGAUGCACACAAGGCCUUGAACAGCAGCAUCAGCGACAUUAAGGGCAGCAUGAACGGCAUCAUCAGUGAAAUCACCAGCUCGCUCAUGAGUGGUGGGGCUCAGACAAGUCGACGUGGUCUGAUGGACUUCCUGUCUGGUGCCACCAAUGGUACCGAGCUCGGAACAGCUUUCAAAGUCAUCAAUGCUUUUGGCAAAGUCAGCCAGUUCAUAGAUGAUCUGAAGAAUCUUGCCCCAGAUGCACACAAGGCCUUGAACAGCAGCAUCAGCGACAUUAAGGGCAGCAUGAACGGCAUCAUCAGUGAAAUCACCAGCUCGCUCAUGAGUGGUGGGGCUCAGAAAAGUCGCCGUGGUCUGAUGGACUUACUGUCUGGUGCCACCAAUGGUACCGAGCUCGGAACAGCUUUCAAAGUCAUCAAUGCUUUUGGCAAAGUCAGCCAGUUCAUAGAUGAUCUGAAGAAUCUUGCCCCAGAUGCACACAAGGCCUUGAACAGCAGCAUCAGCGACAUUAAGGGCAGCAUGAACGGCAUCAUCAGUGAAAUCACCAGCUCGCUCAUGAGUGGUGGGGCUCAGACAAGUCGACGUGGUCUGAUGGACUUCCUGUCUGGUGCCACCAAUGGUACCGAGCUCGGAACAGCUUUCAAAGUCAUCAAUGCUUUUGGCAAAGUCAGCCAGUUCAUAGAUGAUCUGAAGAAUCUUGCCCCAGAUGCACACAAGGCCUUGAACAGCAGCAUCAGCGACAUUAAGGGCAGCAUGAACGGCAUCAUCAGUGAAAUCACCAGCUCGCUCAUGAGUGGUGGGGCUCAGAAAAGUCGCCGUGGUCUGAUGGACUUACUGUCUGGUGCCACCAAUGGUACCGAGCUCGGAACAGCUUUCAAAGUCAUCAAUGCUUUUGGCAAAGUCAGCCAGUUCAUAGAUGAUCUGAAGAAUCUUGCCCCAGAUGCACACAAGGCCUUGAACAGCAGCAUCAGCGACAUUAAGGGCAGCAUGAACGGCAUCAUCAGUGAAAUCACCAGCUCGCUCAUGAGUGGUGGGGCUCAGACAAGUCGACGUGGUCUGAUGGACUUCCUGUCUAGUGCCACCAAUGGUACCGAGCUCGGAACAGCUUUCAAAGUCAUCAAUGCUUUUGGCAAAGUCAGCCAGUUCAUAGAUGAUCUGAAGAAUCUUGCCCCAGAUGCACACAAGGCCUUGAACAGCAGCAUCAGCGACAUUAAGGGCAGCAUGAACGGCAUCAUCAGUGAAAUCACCAGCUCGCUCAUGAGUGGUGGGGCUCAGAAAAGUCGUCGUGGUCUGAUGGACUUCCUGUCUGGUGCCACCAAUGGUACCGAGCUCGGAACAGCUUUCAAAGUCAUCAAUGCUUUUGGCAAAGUCAGCCAGUUCAUAGAUGAUCUGAAGAAUCUUGCCCCAGAUGCACACAAGGCCUUGAACAGCAGCAUCAGCGACAUUAAGGGCAGCAUGAACGGCAUCAUCAGUGAAAUCACCAGCUCGCUCAUGAGUGGUGGGGCUCAGAAAAGUCGUCGUGGUCUGAUGGACUUCCUGUCUGGUGCCACCAAUGGUACCGAGCUCGGAACAGCUUUCAAAGUCAUCAAUGCUUUUGGCAAAGUCAGCCAGUUCAUAGAUGAUCUGAAGAAUCUUGCCCCAGAUGCACACAAGGCCUUGAACAGCAGCAUCAGCGACAUUAAGGGCAGCAUGAACGGCAUCAUCAGUGAAAUCACCAGCUCGCUCAUGAGUGGUGGGGCUCAGAAAAGUCGUCGUGGUCUGAUGGACUUCCUGUCUGGUGCCACCAAUGGUACCGAGCUCGGAACAGCUUUCAAAGUUAUCAAUGCUUUUGGCAAAGUCAGCCAGUUCAUAGAUGAUCUGAAGAAUCUUGCCCCAGAUGCACACAAGGCCUUGAACAGCAGCAUCAGCGACAUUAAGGGCAGCAUGAACGGCAUCAUCAGUGAAAUCACCAGCUCGCUCAUGAGUGGUGGGGCUCAGAAAAGUCGUCGUGGUCUGAUGGACCUCCUGUCUGGUGCCACCAAUGGUACCGAGCUCGGAACAGCUUUCAAAGUCAUCAAUGCUUUUGGCAAAGUCAGCCAGUUCAUAGAUGAUCUGAAGAAUCUUGCCCCAGAUGCACACAAGGCCUUGAACAGCAGCAUCAGCGACAUUAAGGGCAGCAUGAACGGCAUCAUCAGUGAAAUCACCAGCUCGCUCAUGAGUGGUGGGGCUCAGAAAAGUCGUCGUGGUCUGAUGGACUUCCUGUCUGGUGCUACCAAUGGUACCGAGCUCGGAACAGCUUUCAAAGUCAUCAAUGCUUUUGGCAAAGUCAGCCAGUUCAUAGAUGAUCUGAAGAAUCUUGCCCCAGAUGCACACAAGGCCUUGAACAGCAGCAUCAGCGACAUUAAGGGCAGCAUGAACGGCAUCAUCAGUGAAAUCACCAGCUCGCUCAUGAGUGGUGGGGCUCAGAAAAGCCGGCGUGGUGUCCUGGACUUUCUCAGUCAGGCGACUAGUAACACUAAGCUGGGCGCCGCCUUCAAAUUCAUUGAUGCAUUUGGUAAAGUUAACAAGUUCAUUGACGAUGUGAAAAACCUUGCUCCCGAGACCAACCAAGCUCUUAGCAGCAGUAUUACCGACAUUAAGGACAGUUUCAACAGCAUAAUCAGUGACUUCGUCAACAGUGUCUGACCUAAGCCAGGUGUUUAACGGUGAACAGCCUCGAGUGAAGACUCUGUAGACAAACAGUUAAAAUAAAUAAUGUCUGGCC